CUAUUCCCCCGUCCGCUACCCGCCUACCUCCAAUUCAAAAAUGAAGACCACUCUCUUUUCUCUUGCCCUUGCCUUCCUAGGUGUAACAGCCAACCCCACCCGGCGUGCAAUCGACGAUGACACCGUGCUCAAUUUCGCGUUAACUCUUGAAUAUCUCGAAGCCGACUUUUAUGCCGGGGCCCUCAAGAAAUUCAACGCACAGGCUUUUGCAGCCGCCGGUUUCCCAGCUUGGGUCCAUGGACGCUUCGUGGAGAUUGGGCAGCAUGAAUCUGCUCAUGUGGAGUUCCUGCAAAAGGCCUUGGGGUCCAAGGCGACUCAAAAGUGCUCCUACAGUUUCCCGUACACUGACCCAAAGUCGUUUGCGGCUCUCAGUCAGGUCCUCGAAGGCGUCGGCGUUUCCGCAUAUGCUGGUGCUGCCCAAUUUAUCAAGAACCCCGAUUACUUGACAGCUGCAGCCAGCAUCCUUCCCACAGAGGCGCGUCACGCUAGCUGGAUUGCUGCCGCCGUCAACAGUUUCUCGCCCUGGAGCGGACCUUUCGACGCUCCUCUCGGAUUGAGCUCAGUGUAUCAUCUCGCCGCAGGCUUCAUCGUUCCUGGUUCCUGCCCUUCUACGAAUCCCUCGUUCCCUGUCAAAGCGUUCCCAUCCUUAUUAUUUGACAAGGCUGUCCCUGGUUCCACCUCUGCAAUCACCUACGACAAAUCGGCUUCCAAUAGCGAUCAAGUUUACGUCGCCUACUUCACAGGUCUCCAGACGUUGUUCGAAAAAGUGACUAAUGGGCACGUCCUAGUCCCCUCUAGUCUCUCAGGCCAGGUAUAUGCGGUGGUAACGACGAAUAGCAAAGCGGCCACCGACGCAGAUAUUGUUGCUGGACCUGCUGUCCUUGUCUUUGAGAGAGAUUCCAAAGGAAAUUUGAUCAAAGCUUAGUAGCCCACAUUGUAUCGUUUUGUUCUUUCUUCCUAUGUGGCCAGGACAUUUGUAGACUCGCCGUAAAUGACAACUAUCUUCUAGGGUGACACACUCC